AUGGGUGAACAAAUUGAUCAAUUACAAAAAUUAAAAAAUAAAUUAGAAAAAGAAAAACAAAAUAUUAAAUCUGAACUUGAUGAUUUACGUGCACAACUUGAUCAUGCACAAAAAGGUAAAGCAGCUGCUGAAAAACUUUCGAAACAACUUGAACAACAAUUAAGUGAAAUACAAAUAAAACUUGAUGAUAGCUUCAAACAAAUUAAUGAUUUAACUGGUCAACGAACAAAAAUACUUGCAGAAAAUUCAGAAUUAGUUAAACAAAUUGAAGAUCUUGAACAUCAAGUUACUUCAUUACAAAAAAUCAAAAUUACAUUACAACAACAAGCUGAUGAAGCUAAACGUGCUUUAGAAGAAGAAUUACGUGGUAAAAGUGCCAUCACUGCUCAAUUACGUAAUUUAUCUGCUGAUCUUGAUCAAGCACGUGAACAACUUGAAGAAGAACAAGAAGGAAAAGUUGAGCUUCAACGACAAGUUACUAAACUCAGCUCAGAAGUUCAACAAUGGAGAUCACGUUAUGAAUCUGAAGGUUUGGCUCGUGCUGAAGAACUUGAAGAAGCUAAACGUAAAUUAGCAGCUAAAUUAACCGAAGCUGAAGAACAAGUUGAAGCAGCUUUAUCUAAAUGCAAUGCUUUAGAAAAAGUUAAAGCUCGUUUACAAGGUGAAGUAGAAGAUCUUAUGGUUGAUGUUGAACGUGCUAAUGCUAAUGCUUCUGCUAUGGACAAGAAACAGAGACAAUUUGAUAAAUUAAUUAAUGAAUGGAAACAAAAAUGUGAAGAUAUCACAGUUGAACUUGAAGCAUCACAAAAAGAAGCACGUCUCUAUUCAACAGAAUUAUUUAAACUUAAAACACAAUAUGAAGAAUCACAAGAACAAAUUGAAGCACUUCGUAAAGAAAAUAAGAACUUGGCCGAUGAAAUUAAAGAUCUUAUCGAUCAAUUGGGUGAAGGUGGAAAGAGUCUUCAUGAAUUAGAUAAAGCUCGUAAACGUGCUGAAAUGGAAAAAGAAGAAUUACAAGGUGCAUUAGAAGAAGCUGAAGCUGCACUUGAACAAGAAGAAGCUAAAGUUCUUCGUGUUCAAAUGGAAUUAAGUACAGUACGUCAAGAAAUCGAGCGUCGUAUACAUGAAAAAGAAGAAGAAUUUGAAACUACACGUCGUAAUCAUGCUCGUGCUAUGGAAUCAAUGCAAGCUAGUUUGGAAGCUGAAUCACGAGCUAAAGGUGAAGCAAUUAAACAGAAAAAGAAACUUGAAUCGGACAUUAAUGAACUUGAAAUUGCUCUUGAUCAUGCUAAUCGUAGCAAUGCAGAUUUACAAAAAGCACUUAAGAAUUUACAACAAACAGUUACUGAAUUACAACAACAAGUUGAAGAAGAACAACGACAACGUGAUGAAGCUCGUGAAGCUGCUGCCGCUGCUGAACGUCGUGUUAAUCUUAUACUUGGUGAACUCGAAGAAUUACGUACAGCAUUAGAACAAGCUGAACGUGCACGUCGUGCAGCUGAAAAUGAAUUGAAUGAUGCAGCUGAUCGUAUUAGUGAAUUAAGCACACACAAUGCUAAUUUAUCAUCACAAAAACGACAAUUGGAAGCAAGUGUUGCUGCUAUGCAGGCUGAUUUGGAUGAAGCUGUUGCUGAACUUAAGAAUAGUGAAGAACGUGCCAAGAAAGCUGCUGCUGAUGCUGCUCGUCUUGCUGAAGAAUUGCGACAAGAACAAGAACAUGCCAUGCAAGUUGAACGACUUCGUAAAGGUCUUGAACAACAAAUUAAAGAUCUUCAAGAACGUCUUGACGAAGCUGAAGCUAAUGCACUUAAAGGUGGAAAACGUAUCAUUGCUAAACUUGAACAACGUAUUCAUGAAUUGGAAAGUGAAAUCGAAUUAGAACAACAUCGUCAUCAAGAAACAUUGAAAGAAUUACGUAAGAAUGAUCGACGAUUGAAAGAAUUAGCAUUUCAAGCUGAAGAAGAUCGUAAAAAUCAAUUACGUUUACAAGAUCUUACAGAAAAAUUACAAAGCAAAAUCAAAGUUUAUAAACGACAAGUCGAAGAAGCUGAGGAAAUUGCGGCACUCAAUUUGGCCAAAUAUCGUAAAGUUCAAACAGAACUCGAGGAUUCAGCUGAACGUGCUGAUAUUGCUGAAAAUCAAUUAGGUAAAUUACGUGCUAUAAGUCGUUCAUCUAUUAGUGUAAGCCGAACUUCACCAGGCCGUGAAAUUCGUGAAACAACUCUUAUGCGAGCGUCAUCAAUUACUCGUGGUGGUUCAGUUCGUCCCCGUUAA